AUGGCAUUAAGGACACCUACUACGACUGCAGCUUUCGUCAGUAUUCUUGCCGCAGGUCAGGUCUCAGGGUACAUCCGUGUUUCCGUGCAGAACGAUGCCAUUUACUCGCUGCCAGAGUCUUGCGGUUUGCCCUGCACUGGUAGCGGAGUGGAACCGGUAGGCAAUGCCUGUCCGAAGGCUGGUGAUGUUGCCACUGCCGACUGUCAACCGCAUCUGCCGUCGUACAACGGUACCAUCUGCGUUGCUCCAGUUGACGCCCAGUGUGUUCUCAUUUAUGAGAACGUAUGGGGCUGUGUCUUUCCAAACACCGAGUACACUACUACAAUCGAGCCCGAAGCCGGUGGAACAAUUAAUGUUGCAAACUCGGGCUGGACUUCCAACUACAAAAGUGGCAAUCAUGUCCAGGAUGAUCUAAAAACGAAAUCACCUGGGACUUACCACGACACGAGCGGGGGUACUCCACUUGAUAUAAAGUGUGAUGUUGUCACCGAGACAACAGCUCAGCAAAUUGGUAGCACAAUGGAAGAUGCAAAGUAUCAAGCUAAUCAAAAGUUCACUGGGAUGAACCUUGCUACCGAAACUUCAAUUGACGACACGAUAUAUGAAUCUAACGGGUAUCCUCAUGCUGCACCAACGGAUGACGCUUCCACCGACACUUCAGUCGAGACAAGCGAGGAUACCUCAACGAGCAAUGGCAAACCCACAAGCGAACACUCAAGCGAGCAGUCAGGCGGAUACUCAAGUACCGAAUACACCACUGACGGAGUUACGCAGGAGACUACCGAUGUUCAUACGGUCCUUAGUAGUAAUUAUGAACCGCUGACUGCACCCACAGAGAAUAAUGAUACAGAGCCAGGAAUGCCUACUACCGGAUCUCACUACGACCUGACGGGAUCCAGUAAUGAGAGUAAGACAUCAAGUGGCGAAUAUAUCACUGAUACUCACCACAAUACUUACACGAAGGAAGGUACACCUGUUGACAGAUAUACGGUUGGCACAGACCUCGAACCUUCCAAAUUGUCAAUGGAGGACGGUCAGCAUUACUACGUAUCCAAAGAACCCCUUCAAGACAACACGAUGUACCCUUCGAGGCUUUAUGUAAGAGGUAUCAGUGAGAACCAGCAGACUGGUGACUACUGGACAUACGGAUCUCUUAAUACUGAAGCAACGGAGCCUUACGAGGAGCCCGAGUCGAUCACAUAUCUGACAACAGAAAAACCAAAUACGGAAUCAUCGUACGCUUUGCAACAACACCCUACUUAUGCUGCUACAGAAAAACCCUGUGACACGGACACGCCUGAGGAAGGACCAGGAGAAGUCACGAUCGAGCCAGCUACUGAUGAAGUUCCGACGGAGCCAGUGAUCACGCUUCCACCAACAACACUGCCCCCGACUACACUUCCACCAACAACACUGCCCCCGACUACACUUCCACCAACAACACUACCCCCGACUACGCUUCCACCGACCACGUUGCCACCAGUGACGUUGCCACCAGUGACAGUGCCUCCAGUGACGUUGCCCCCUGUGACGGUGCCCCCUGUGACGCUUCCACCUGUAACAGUGC